AUGCAUGCGGACUUCGUGCUGACGUCGGAGUUGAAGCCGCAGGCUACAGAUAGCCCUAGUUGGACCUCAUCUCUCGUGAUCGACAAGGGGCAGUGGCAUCUCUUGCUCCUGCCGGUGCUUCGCUGUUCGGGACACCUGCAUCUUGCCUAUACGAUGGCUACCCUGCUUGGUCUCGGCUACCGACUGGAGCGAAAAGUGGGAACUAUUCGCUUCCUGCUCGACGCGGCGAUUUUGGCGAUCGCCACGAACGUCGCCUUCUGUCUGACCACCCACUACGUGCUGCCCAACUACGACGAGAUCGCUGGUGUGCGGCCAGCCGAGAUGCAGCACAAGUGUUUCGCAGGGCCGACGGCGAUCCUGCUCGCCCUGAAGGCGCUCUACGGCGAAGGCCACUGGCUGAAAAAGUACCCGUUGCUGCUUUUCUCCUUGCCGCUGCCGAGCCUCGUGGGCGCCAUACUCGAAGUCGAUCUUCUCUACUUCCUGCUCCCUGACUUGUGGAUAGUGUGCCACGCGCUAGGCUUUCUUGUCGGAUUGUUCAUGUCCCUUGUGCUACCAGAGCCAUAA